AUGAGCUCGAAUGACCUAGGCAAUUUAUUUCUAUCUAUCUAUCUAUCUAUCUAUCUAUCUAUCUAUCUAUCUAUCUAUCUAUCUAUCUAUCUAUCUAUCUUUUUCAGCCUAUUUCUAUCUAUUUAUUUAUCUUUCUUCAGUCUUUUUCUAUCUAUCUACCUAUAUCUUUUUUCAGUCUAUUUCUAUUAUCUAUCUUUUUUCAGUCUAUAUCUAUCUAUCAAUCUUUUUCAACCUCCUCCUGAUCUGGCACAGAAUCAAGGCUCCUCUCAAGAAUUCGCUGCAACAAAAUAUCAUGACUGCCUACAAUAUCUAGAAAUCAUUUUCUCUUUCUCCCAUGUCAUUGUCUGCUUGCCUACCUCUCUUGCACCCUCUCUCUCUCUCUCUUCCACGGCCCUCUGUCUGCCUGCCUCUCUCUCUCACCUAAAAGGUUCCUUAAAUAUUUGCCUUUUUUAG